CUGGGGCUGGAGAGGAGGGGACGGGCGGAGGCGGAGCUGCCUUGCAUUGUCUGCACUAGGCUCCUGAUCUCUGGCGCCUGGCGGAGGCGGAGGGGGCAACAAGGGACCCUGAUGGAGAGGGUGGAAUCCACAUUCUACCCAAGCUUCCCAGUUGAAGCUGAAAGCACAGUUCCUUUUCCUCUGGAAGAAGGUCCCAGCACUCUAAGGUUUCCAAAUGCUGAGCCACAUUUCUCCUGGAUGGAGCCAGAAGAGGAGCUACUGCUGCCAGAUUCAGGAGACAGGCAAGAGUUGACAGUCAUCAAUCCAGGUUCUGAUACACCAAGUGAGGAAGAUCAAGAGGAGGAAAUGGUGGAGGAAACUGAGGAAGAAGACACCAAGAUUUGCCACAAGAACUGUGACUGGUUCCAAGAAACAUCAGAGGAGAAUGUUGUUGGGGCUUUUGUCAAUGCAAACUCUCGUCCGUUCCACUGCUCAGAGUGCGGGAAGGGAUUCACUCAGAGUUCAAACCUGGUGAAACACCAGCGGAUCCAUACAGGGGAGCGCCCAUUCCGGUGCCCAGAAUGUGGACGUGGUUUUAGCUGGAGCUCAUCGCUAGCUGAGCACCUUAAGACACAUGGCGGGUGCCGCCCCCAUGCCUGCGGCGAGUGCGGUAAGCGCUUUGCCCGGGGCUCGACGCUGGCAGAGCAUCAGCGGGUGCACACUGGGGAGAAGCCCUUCCGGUGCCACCAAUGUGGAGCCCGCUUCUCCCAGAGCUCCACCUUGGCACACCACCUGCGCACACACUCUGGUGAACGCCCCCAUGUCUGUUCUGACUGCGGGAAGUGCUUUGGCCGCAAGUCCACCCUUGUCACACACCGACGGACUCACACUGGAGAAAAGCCCUACCUCUGCAGGGAGUGUGGCCGCUGCUUUGGCGUCAGCUCUGAUCUUGCCAAGCACAUACGGAACCACCGUGCUAAUGGUAGCAGGUGGAGGAAUAACGCAGCAAGUGUGCACUCAGUCCCUCCUCUUCCAGUGGUAGAUGAGAAGAAAGAGCAAAGUGAAGAAACUUUUUCUGAGGACUUGGGUGUAGGUGAAGAGGAGCAAAGGGAAUCUGUAGAUAGAAGUGAAGGGAGAACAUACCUAUGUGCUGAGUGUGGGGAGAACUUUGGCCAGGAUUGUGCACUGGCAACCCAUCAGAGGCUGCAUUUGAGAGAGUUUUCUAAUCACUGCCUUCCAUGUACAGAAGCCUUCCUUGACCCACCAGAGGAACUAGAAGUCCAUGUAAAGGUAAAUCAUGAUAAGGAGAAGAAAUCUUACAAAUGUUCCAGCUGUUGUGCUUGCUUUUCUGAAAGCUCUGUACUUAAAAUACAUGAGAAGGUACACUUUGAAGGUCUGUUCCACGAUUGCCAUCAAGAUGGAGAGGACCUCUCCAAUAGUUCUGAUUUGGAGCAGCACCAGAGUGACUCGAAUGUAGAAGGGAAGCCCUUUAGUUGUCUGGAUCAUGGGGCCAGCUUUCCCAAGACCCUGGCUGUAACAUCCCAACAGACAGCCCACCUGGAUAUGGAAUCUUAUGCUUGCCCUCAGUGUGAAAAAACAUUUGCCAGGAGUGAUGAGCUGAUAGUUCACCAGGAGAGUCAUGUUGGUAAGGAAAAAGAGGAUGAGAAGCCUUACCAAUGCUCUGUCAGCAGUGCUCACUUCCCUGAUGGCACUGACCUGGUGAUGCUUAAAGUGAACCAUGGAGCAGAUGAAAAAUCCCAUUGCUGCCUACAGUGUGGUGAAGUGUUUGUGAGUCACUCAGAGCUUGCAGUUCACCAGCUGAUCCAUCCAGUAGAGGAUUCCCUGGACAAACCAUACUCCUGUGCUGUCUGUACCAAGACCUUUGCCCUCUUUGCUACUCUAAUCGCCCAUGAACGUACUCACAUGUCCGAUGAUGAUGCUUACCGUUGCCCAACAUGUGGUGAACGUUUCCCUGACAGCAGCAAGCUGGGGAGACACCAGCAACGUCACUUGGGUGAGGAGAGGCCUUUUCAGUGCCCGGCUUGUGGCAAGGGUUUUGUGCUCCUUUCAGGGCUUCGGCAGCACCAGCGUGACCCUCCUUCUCGGUGUGCUCAAUGCAGUGAGACUUUUGUGUGGCGCUGCCAACUGACAGAACACCGGCGGAACUGCCACCCAGCCGAGCGGCCUUAUAAGUGCCCUGAGUGUGGCAAGGGCUUUGCACAGAGUUCAAAACUCUUGCGGCAUCAGGUGACACAUACUGGUGAGAAACCAUUCAAGUGCCCUGAAUGUGGUAAAAUCUUUAGCCAGAGCUCCAAUCUGACGGAGCAUCGUCGUACCCAUGCCCCUGGCAAAGCCCACUACUGUGCCAUCUGUGGCAAGGCUUUUGCCCUAGGUUCCUAUUUAGCCAAGCAUCAGGCAACUCACACGGGUGCCCGCCCCUUCCGGUGUACCGAGUGUGGCAAGGGUUUCCGGCAGAGCUCCAACCUUAUCCAGCACCAGCGUACACACACUGGUGAGAGACCAUACGUGUGUGCCUCCUGCGGCAAAUCUUUCACCCAGAACUCACACUUAGUCAAGCAUCGGCGGGUUCACACGUCUGAACGCCCCUACCGCUGCCCCGUCUGCAGCAAAAGCUUUCGGCAGCGUGGGAACCUAGCCGAGCACCAGCACCAACAUGCUGGCACACGGCCGUAUAUCUGCAGUGCUUGUGGGAAGUCAUUCCGGUGGAGCUCUGCUUUCUCCAAACACCAGCGUACCCACCUUGCCUCUGACCUUUAACCUGCCCCAUGUGGGAGGGCUUGAGAAACUGGAUGUUCUUCCAGUGCAGGGGUGCGCAUAAUGAAGCCUAAGGGCCACAUACAGCACUAGAACCAUAUAUUAGUGGUCCUGGAAGCCCCUCAACCAUCCCGUUUUUGUUUUUUUUUAAUUGUCACAAUUUUGAGGCAAUAUUUGGCCCCAAAUCAUGCAGAAAGGCUCCCUUCUGAAAACAUGCACAAAUACCCACACCCACCCAUUUUCUUCUGCCCUUCUCAAAAUGGUGACAGGAAGUUAUACAGCAUCACUUUGAAUGCCAUUUUGAGAAGAUAUGCAGAGGGGGGAAACAAAUAUUUGGGCUUGCUGGAGGCAGGGCAUGGCCCACAGUGGGGGUGGGGGGAAAUUUUGACUCCGGUUUCCAAACAGUUUUCUGCCCCUGCUCUGUUGCAUUGGAUGUUCUCUAAACACCAACAGAUUUUGUUUUCUAGUCCCCAAUUUUCUACAGUUAAAUCUCCUUCCUUGUGGAUCCUGGUGUUGUAUUUUAAAAAGAGAUGCAAUUAGGUAAUUAAGGUUGACUUAAAAGUUUUAUAACCUGGCCCUCUUUAGAUAGAAGAUGUACUGGUAAGUUCCUUCAUUUACUUCAAACAGUGAUGAACCAGUCUUGCCACUUUGGGGAACAUUUUUCUCAUUCUGCUGAAUGGGAUCCUGACCUUCUGCCUCAGAGUCUCACCUCAAAUGGUCCCAUUGGUUGCCAGGCACCAAGAGAUCCAUCCUUUGCUUCAACCUAUUUUCAGACCAAACUGAGAAUCCUUCAUGUCCAACCCGAUGUUCUUCCAGGACCAGGGAGCUGAAACUGAGCCUUGAUCCAGUCAAAAUGGUUACCUCGUGGUCCAGACUUUGGCCUUUCAGCCUAGUUCUAACUAUAGUCUUUUCAUCCUGUCCCUGAGAGUAUUGUCCUUGAGAACACUCCUCUGUUUUGAAAUUCUCAUGGUGCUGUAGCAAAAUUGCCCUUUCAAAACUGUUGGCUUCGUAAGCGCUUUCUUUCUAUGUGUGUAGUCUUUCAUUAAAUUUCUCAUUGGUUUUGCA